AUGUCAGAUAACCAAAACACAACCGAAAAUGGCGUUGGUGACUUAAAAGAGAAUCUGAGAAUAAUGCCAAAAAACAUGUGCCUCUUCUCCCUAUCAUUGCGAUCCCUCUACGCCAACAAUGCUGUUGGCACUUCUACCGACGUUGCCCGUAAGUUCAGAAAGCUUCGUGACACAAAAGACAAGAUGCCAUUCUAUAUUUGAAUUGUCAUCUUCCCAUCUCCACCAAGUUUGUGUCCUCCAUUAAAGAAUAUUUCGAGUAUUAUGAAGCUCUCGAUUAUGAAGAAUGGUGUGAAAUGUUGCCAGAUAUACGCAAAGAAACAACGACCUAUAAGGAAGUUGCGCAGACGCUGUUGGAAAUGCAUGAAGAGUUGAUGAUUUCUUUAAAGAAACGCGAGGAUGACGCGAAGAUCAUCAUGACAGUGUUCAAAGGUCUUCAAAGUGAAUACGAAAAACAAAAAGAAAAAUUGGAAGCCUCGGCACAGUCAAAAAUGGGUUGGGCCCAUUGGGGGUUAUCGUUGUACUUUAUUCCUGGCAUAAAUGUGAUUGCAUAUCAUUUGUUUAAAUCCCUUGCAAAUGAAGAUACAGUGAAAGCCAUUGCCAAGGGCGCCGAGUCAAAAUUAAACGAAGCUGGGGCACUUGUUGUGGCGAAUGAAUUGAUCCCAGCAUUGUCCCAUUUCAUUGAUGGUCUGAAAAAAGUUGCAAGAUUCUUCCAAAUCGUGGAAAAGGAACUGCAAUCAUUUGAAGGCAAGGCAGGAAAAAACGUCGAAUCUCCGGCAAAAAAACUUCAUUACAAAGUGAUGAGCAAAAAAGCUAAAGAAAUUAAAUCUCUCUGUCAGGCGUUCUACGCAGUACUAGUUGAUAGCCUGCACAUCGCAACUGUUUAUCUUGGGAAAUGCCAUCUUUCCAUAAUUCAACAAAUUCGAAGUUUGAAUCAGGCCUGCAUGAGAUUGAUUUAGGAGUGCUCAGUGGGGUUUAAAAACUGCAGCAUGUUGUGGCGGGGAAUUUAUUAAAUAGAUAUGCGAGUUUUUAAAACGGAAAGAUGGUCUCAGUGAGUUAUCGAUUAACCUAUUCCAUUCACAAGCAAAAUAGAGAUGCAGGACAUGCGUUUAAAAAAUUUUAUUAUCACGACAAAUAUUAGUAUUUGCUCCGAUAUAAAUGUUUAUCUGUAUAAGCAAUACACAUGUUACCAGCCAACUCGUACCAUGAUUAUUUAAAUAAUGUUAACUCGGUUAGACUUGCCCCAAAUCUUCAGUACUUGGAAACAAAUACUCAUUAUACUUACAAAACAAAUCCUCAAUACUGGGAAACAAAUACUCAUUACUUACAAAACAAAUCCUCAGCUGUACUUGGAAACAAAUCGUCAAUACUAGAAAAAAUUGUUUUGAUUUGGGCCAUUGUUUACAUAUACGGCAACUGACGCUUAGAAACCAGUCACUGCCGCUGAAAUCAGUGGCGGAAAUUCACUUUUUUUCCGGUGGGGGGGGGGGCGAAGCCUUCUGAAUUUCCGACAAAACUUUCAAAUUUCCGACAAACCCCCCAUUUGCACUAGAAAAGGCUGUUUUUAGCCCUCUUAUAGGUUAUUCAUAUUCAUAUUCCAUGAAGGUGGGGGGAGCCCCCCUGCCCCACAGAGAUUUCCGCCACUGGCUGAGAUCUUGUUGACGAUGACACACACUUGGCUGAAUCUCAGUGCUUGAUAAUUAAAACAUUGAUGUAAAGGAUAGCCCAUUUACGACAAAUUACGAUGGCAGAAAAACUCGGGUAACUGUCACAUAUGAUGUAAAGAAUAAAACAUAGAUUUUAGCAGUACGCAUAUAUAGUCACACUAUUUUUGCAACAUUCAGGUACAGCCAUGCAUAACGACUGUUAAUGGCGUGAUGUUAUAGCCGUGGAUUUAUGUUAUACAUUAUGCAUCUUUUUGGAUGAUUUCCUUAUAUUUUCUUUUCCAGACAAGACGUCAGAGGCAAUUAUUUUAAACAUUGUUGUUAUAUAUAUCAACAGCAAUCACGUCGUUUUUGUAACGGAUUUCCGAUUCUUGGAAUUAAUGUUGCUCCGGCCGUAUAAUUCAUUCAACAGAUUAAUUCAACACGGAAAAAUAUCCAGAGUGUGAUACAAUGUGAAAUACAUGGAAAACCAGUACAGAUCCUUGAAAAUUUAAUAAAUUGUAAAUAGGUCACUCGGUGAAAGCUGUAGACUGCCAUUUUAAAACUGAACUGAAUAGGUCACUGCAGGCAUUAAAAUACGGAAUUUUUACAAGGACACACUUUGCCUUCAGAGGCGUAUUUUUGGUAUAAAUGGCGAAGCCACAAGUUUAGCGUCAAAGACGCGAGCUUUUACGGGGGGUCGCUGAAAUGGCAUUUCCAGAGUUCUGAGAACAGAAUUUGCAAAAUCUUUGGACAUUUUGCGUGGAUUACAUUAAUAUAUUUUCAGUUUAAUAUAUUUUCAAGUGCACACUUUUCAAUUUACAAGGGCACAUUCGCCUUUUACAAGGACACAAAGUCGGUGUACCCUGACACGCUAUUUUAAUGCCUGAGUCACUGGAGCACUGAUAUAGUGUGUGAUUGUUCAAACGAAAAAGUUCCACGAAUCAUGACAUGCAUCUUCCAUGAAGUAUACAAAUACGGACUUGUUAGGAAAAUAUAUUAAAGUCGAGUUAAUGAGUGAGUGAAUGGCAUCAUUGAAAUGGCAUCAUCAAUUUUAUUAUGCGUUUUCCAAGUGAAAUGCGUCAAAGCUGAACUGAUCGGCCAUAUCACACAUUAUCCAACUCACUCCCCAUCGGGGCUUUUCAGUGACCGAUUACAUCAAGUAUUAGGCAUACUAGUAUAUUACCUACGUUUAUAUCCUUACGUACAAUUGCGAUAAUACUUUCCUAACUAACUAUGUUUAUCCUAACCCGCCCUGUUAACUUUCCAGUAUUGAAUCAUCAUUGUUACCAUAGCAACAGCAGUGACGUAAUUUUUGUGACCGAAUUCCGAGUGUUGCUGAUAAUAUAUGACCAAUCUCGUUCCCCGAGCCUGCGAUCCUCGAGAAGGAACGUGAGGUUGUGGGAUAAUCCGUUUCAAGGAGGAAUCUGAUUGGCCGUUGAAAUGGAAUGCGUAGUUCAAUCUUAGCCAGGAUUCCUGGCUUCCGGCAACGGAUUAUCCCAGAGCUUCGCGUUCCUUCCCGAGGAUCGCAGGCUCGGGGAACGAGAUUGAUAUAUGACGACAAUAGUAACCCGAUGAUGUCACACAAUCCGGUGAUGGAUACACAUAUUCAACAUGGCGGAAUGUACAAGUAAUAUUUCUAAUAAAGUGGGAUAUUUGAGCUGCAUGUACAAAGGUUCUGAAUACUGUAUAUUUCAUUGCUAUUUCCAUAAGUCUAUAGUUCACUUUUGAUUAACUGCAUGAGAUCUUAAAUUCUAGAAGAGGUUUCAAAAUGGUUUUGUAGAACUCUGAAUAAUUUAGCUUAUUUAUUUUCAACGAUAAAAGAAAUAUUGCGGGAUUCAGGCUCUCAAGAGCAGCUGGAUACAAAAUGAUAAAAAUCUGAGAAAAAGUGGAAAUUAUUGAAGGUCUGAGUACGAGAUUUAGGCUACGAGUUUACACUAUGCCGUAUAUAGCUUUCCGUAGCGACGUGAAAAGCAUCUGUCCGUACCUAGUUUUAGGAACGCUAUUUUCAGAGGAAUUAUCACAACCGAGACUGAUGUUGUUUCGCCUGGCUUCUGAAAGUUGUACAUUCCGUAUCGGAUAGGUACUUUUCGCGCCGCUACGGAAACUGGCUGUCCGGCCGGUGGUGUAUAAAGGUAGCCUUAGGUCGGGCUAUUCUAGAACACUGCCGAAACCUUUUAUAUUAAAAAACGAUUAAAAAUUAUUCCCAAAAUUAUACCACAACACUUUUUUUAGAUGCAUUAAAAUUUGAGGUUGAAUAAUAUAUUAUAUUCGUUCCCUAGUUUCAUUUAUUUUUUACUUUCUCAGUUCAAGCCUGUCAAUGUACGCCAAUUCUAUUUCACACUGGCUGCUCGUAUUGCACAAACGCAGUUUUUUUUCUUCCCCCGUGUCGUGGGAGGAUGCAGUUAUUUGAUUAAACUUCCUAAGUUGCCGUAAAAGUCGCGGUUUAAUAACAAUUUUAAUGAUUCAUCAUCUAUAGCUGGCCUUUACAGUGUCAAUGACAGGUGACUUGCGGUUUAGGACUGUUAAAACACCCGGUGACUGGCAGGCAAUCGCCAUACGCGUGCAGAGAAGAGACAUUAAUUGGACGACUUUUAGUCUGGGAAACGUCAAGCUUCAUGCAUACUGUUUACAAGCAGAACUGCUACAGACGAAAACCUCUUGAAACGCUACCGGACAAGCACUAAAGCUGUUUUCGAUUUCAAGUUUUGUAGGCGGUUCUGUGGAGUACUUUGUUGUGUGAACUUGACACUACAUAUGUCUGUGAUGCAAAUGCAUGCUCUUCAAUUAACGGAUCCAGGUUAAAGUCGAGUAGGCAAACGCCUUCGUUAAUAUACAUGCUGCUUUGGCUGCUGAUAACAUACGGUGGAGAAGCUAUUUGAUUGAAGAGUUCAUUUGGCAUUCUUCGCCCUACGAACUUCCUGCGUACGAAGCUGUGCCAUUGUACUUGGCCUACUUGCGGCGGAAAUGAGAAUUGAAGAAACUAACAACAGGUUCUGAGCGAAUCUUGAUACGUACAGCAUAUACAUAAAGGAAGGACGUACAAGCUCUGUAUUGGCCUCCUGCGAUUAAAAACCUCCUCCUGCCCAACGACCCAACACCUGGCUAUCACAUCUCGAAUAUACGUAUAUAUACAAAGUAUCAAGUUUGCAGACCCCGCAAACUUACACCCUAAAACCGAGGUGUAAUCUUCAGUUGCCUCAAUCAUUGGCGAUAUGCAGCUUACACAAGCGCUGACGAGCGACGAUGGCGUUGCUAUCUCGCCUUCUCAUUCCAUUUCACGAACUUCAGCGGUGUUGGAAGGAUCGGAAAAGCAGCGAACACGCGACACAUGGGACAAUAAAGUUCAAUUCCUGCUCGCUACGAUUGGAUUCGCAGUCGGCCUUGGCAAUAUUUGGAGAUUCCCCGGUCUUUGCUACAAAAAUGGAGGAGGUAUGUUUGAUUUACAUUUCUUUAUGGGCCGAUUUCAUGGAGAGUUCUCAGCCCGGGACGAAAUUGCUUAAUACAAUUACAUGGCAAAUUUCAGCCAGGAUGCUGCGGACUAUAGGCCGUCCAUGCACAUUCCGGCACGGUUUGAAAUUGCUUUUCCGACCGAUUUUUUAAACGCUUUAAAAUGCCAAUCAUGUCAACUGAUGGAUCUUUAUGAGACUAUGAUCCCAUAUAAAUGUGGCACAAACAGAAGGCAAUUUUUUCAGCGCGGGCUGAAUGCUUGCUAAACACUGUACUCAAGUCAGGCCGAAUGUCAGGCCGUAUUCUGCACAAGAUCUUCCCAAUAAUAUAACGGGAAGUUUCAAGUAUGUUUUUUACUUCCCGCUUACAAAUAUAUGUAUAGACGGUUCAGCGUCCCAAUGAAUUGCAAAAUACUGUAAAGUGCUUUAUAUUCAUUUAUUGUAGCCUCAGCCAAUGCAUGAUGUAAAAGAUUUUGUAAGACACGUCACCCAAAAUCUACUCAAAGCCAAUGACAUCACAGGGAUUUCACAUUGUAUGAAUUUCGGUUCGGAUUCGUUUUCGAUCCAGCAUUAAUUAAGAUUGCCUUAUGGUUACAUUUUUCGAUUCGUUCACAAUUUAUGGCACAUAUUUAAUUUGGUCAGAUCGAGCCCAUAUAUUACCGCAUUAGUCUUUUGGCUAAUUUGCCUCGAUUUAGUUAGGAGACAAGUUUAUAUAAACCGCAUCUAAAUAGAUUCUUUGGUUAUAGUCGAUUAUAUAGUUAUAUGGGCAUGCGGCUAAGAUUAAUAUACAUUUAAAUUUCCUAUCGAUUGUUUCUGAUCAGUUUAUUAAGAUUCUUGGCGAGUUUUCAUGGUUUGAAUUUUAAUGAAUUUUAUGAUUUGAAUCUUUCCGUGUCAUAAUGUACAUGAAACAUAUAUAAAAUUGAUCAUUCUAACAUCCUGAAAUUGUACAUGCGAGGGUCGAUCGUAGUUAUCGAAUUUUCUGCAUAUCUAUUUUCUGCCGCCCUUUUUUCAGCUGUCAAAUUAUUUCAGAAAACAAAUCGAAGGUAUAAGUUCAUUUAAUCACAAUUCUACCUCGUGCCGGUAUAACCCGUGAUCAUUAAUAGUUUCAGACCAUGCACACAGCAUUUAUAAAUCAUUCACGAUGUUCAAAAGUUAUAACAAAUUCCGCAGUUACGCGCAAUAUGGUUGCCAAUUUUGAAAAAAAUCUUGACUUGCUUUAUAUUCCCUUCGCCCUUCGGAGCGCAACUUUAAGAGAGGAACGGCACAAAAAAUGGAUUUCGCUUUUAAUGAGACACAAUUCAAUGCUCUUUAAUUCUACGCUGGGUGCCAUACAAGUUUAAAACAAACAGGCCGGAGCACUUUAGAUCGUAGCCGAGUUUGGACAAAUACAUUGACAAUGGCCCCUACUGUUAAAAAUGAGAAAAAUGUUGAAGUGAUUAUGUGUAAAUAAUUCUAAUGUCGACACAAGCCGUUUGGAAAUCCACAUGAGGCUGAUGAAUUAAUACGGCUAUAUAGUUUAUUUACAUGCUAGAAUGUUUAUUUGCACAAGUUCAAAACUCUCUAGAUUUAAUACAGGGAGUCUCCCAACACCCAUAUUAUGUUUCACCCCGUCAUCACAAUCUUCCAAUUUGUACUUUGAACUCCCCAACGUUUUCAACAUACCUUUGCUUACAUUAAGGCAUUAAAAGGAGCAUCUUUUGUAUGUUGGUAUAACACGCGAUCAAAAAUAAUUCCACUUGAUUGUCUAUAUUCAUUUUUUAAAUUUUUGAGUGCUUUAUCUGUAAAGUGAUGCUAAAUGAUGGUACGCCAAUGAGAAAAUGAUGCUUGAAGUUCAGUAAGUUUUGCUUAUAUUGCAUGCUGUAUAAAUAUGACGUCAAUUUUACAGCAUCGAUGACAAUGAUAAAUGUAUUCAAAUUGCCAAUAUUUAACUAUUAUUUUGUGUUUCUCAACCGCCAGCCAUUUAAAAAGGUUGCUAACUGUGUUAACUACAAAAUAUAGCUAAAGUAAUUUUGAAAGGAACGCCAAAAAGAUCAGUUAGAUUUUCAUCGCAAAUGCGAUUUUAAGAAAACAAGAGCAGAGCCUGGAAACGAGGCAGAAAAAUUCAACAUGGCGGCAGAUAUCAGCGAAGAAAAUUUUCACUUUUUUGACGAGUUUUUGUGCAUUUUAAUUGAAAAUCGUAUGUGAAUAUAACAAUUUAUUUAAGUAAAGGAGCACAUAGACUGAGAUAUUUUUCCUCAUAUAAGCAAUAAAAACAAUGCCUAACCGGCGCAGCCCUGAAUGCAAAGCCACAGGUGUUAUCGAAGCGUGUAAUUUUUUCAUGUAACAAAAUUCCAGCAACAUUCUAGCAACUUAAUUAAUAAUAACAUUAAUAACAUGCAAAGCAUUGACGAUUAAUGCUACAUGUAAAAUUCUUAGCCGGAGUUGCAACGAGUCUGGUUUGAUCGUGCGAUAAAUUACCAUGUAUUUGUGGUAAAACACAAACCGGUACCCGUUGAUACUGUAAGUGAUUUUUGUUCUAUCUAAACGAUUUACCGCGAUAACUGAUUUUCUUAAGUUUGUUGAUACAACUUAGACACGCAAAUGGCGCCGAUGUUUGAUCAGCUAUUCCAAAAUAAUCUAUAUCACAAAACAUUUAUUUGAAACCCUUUUUAAUUGUUGCAAUUGUUUUUAACUGGCAGCGAACUGCCAGUCCCAGUUAUAUGAUAAUCUUUGACGAUGGGAAUUUUAUCGUCUUAUCACGGUAGAGAUGAGCAAAAUCACAAACAUGAAUUGCCGAUUAUUGAGGCUGGUUAUUUAAAAGCUAUGGCAAAUAAUAGGCCGAUUAACUAUAGGAAUAGAGUCUGCGUGCAUUCCAUGAAUGACAUCGUCAUCUUUUGCUAUAGUCACCAGUUAGUAUAAGACUAUACAGACCCGUCAUCUCUCCCAGUGCUGUCGUGGGACUCCUGGUUUUGACCUUUUUCUCACGAUCUCCCGUUAUCGUGGUGUUUUCUCACUGUUGCACGCUUCAAUCAGUUAGUAAGUAGUUGAAUAUUUAACCAGAUUCAAAUAUCUGGCCCGAAACAGUAUAUAAUCGCUAAUCGAUGUUAACAAUAUGGAUCUCGAAAACUAGCUAUAUAGUUUGUAUGCCAGCCAUGUUAGUAUUAAAGAAGAUUACUUGUUGAAGAGAAUCAGCAAUAAUGAUUAUAAAGAUAAAAUAAUUUUACUGCUAUUGAACACUGCAUAUACGACUCUAAUUUUGCUCUUCCAGUUUUUGACAGAAUUUCGCGGUUUUUUAAAGGCUGAAAAGAGAAAUUAAAUUUUGACAGGUCUGCAUGUAUAGAUGAUGGCUAUAUAAGCGCGGCGUAGGUUAAAUUAUUUUAUUUCGACAUCCCCCCUUUUUUUAAGUGACAGAAAGCAGCUGUUUAUUAAAUCAUUAAGAAUAAUCUGCAACAGUAUAAUACCGCGUGUUUUUUGCGGUAACUAAAACAAACUUCCCAAUGGCAAUGCGGUAUAUAAACAACAGAGUUCCAGAAUAUUCGAUAGCAACUUUCCCAACUUGUUAAGGGUCAACGUAAGUUUUGCGGGACACGGUAUUACGUUUAUUUUGAUAGGGGAAACGGGACAAGUAGAUGAAAAACGGAGGAAAUGUGGGAUCUUAUAAAAGUCGCGGGACACCGGAUGAGAAAGUCGGUUAAAAACUGAAAAUUUGAAGACGAAAUUUGCGAUUAAAGAACCCUAUUGCGCACACUCCUUGUAGACUGUAGUUACACGUAAAUACACCUGGCGUUUUGCGCUUUUGUUCACAAGCAAGAGGUGAUCAGAAACUGUUUGAAAGGCACAAUGUGUAAACCAGCCGGCUAUCAUAACCUGUGUGUACUAAUCAUAAAUUAUUUCUUUGUGAGAAAACGACCAGGGCACAGCAGUUGUUUGGAAUACGAAAUAACAAACUGAAUUGUUAUUAUACACAUGACUUUGGGCUUUUUUGAAAACGGCAAACAGGUUCAUCAAUUUCGAACGGUCGUGCCAGUCUAGGUAUUACCAAUAAUAAUAAAGCUUCGCAUUGAAAGGGUACAACUUUUUACUGCGGAAAAAUACAAGGCGAACUUCGACGUUUCGAGCGAAGGAAACUAAACUUCCCGACGGGUCUUCACGGCGAAGGGCGGUCAAGGGCCUUCGUCGUCGGCGAAUCGUGUGCUUGAUUUACACAGUACAACUCAAGUUAUAAGCAAGUUGCAUGUUUUAGGCAAAGGUUGCGCAGUGUAAAUUUGACCUUUAAAAGGAUCACGCUCACUGGGCCGCUAGGAAGAACAGUUUAGAAUCUAUAGAGCUAUAUAUCGGUUGUUGUUUUGCCGGCACGUGACAGGCGUUGACCAACCCCCGUUUAUUACUUGACACAUAGCUGUAAAUUGACAUUUCUUCAGCUUUUAUUGAUUUCGGUGAGAGAAUAGCACGUUUUACAUAACAAUGGCACAUGUCAAACGCAAGAUCCCGUAGCGUAGGUAGUAUUCGUACUAUAUCCUGUAAAAACAGCCGUCAGCUGAGGUUUUGAUGGGUAAUAUUUGAAAAACAUUAAGAAACGGUUUCGAGCAAUGGACCUUUCCCCUUAUAACUAAAAUUUUGAUCUAGAUAUGCCUGGACAAAAAUUUCAUCACAGCUUGAAAGAGCAUCACAAAAUUAGUAAUAUUCCGAAGUUUCGUUGCGAAAUGUUGUGAAAUGCGGAUAAUAUAGCCUUGCGAACUGAUUUGCAAUUUUCAAUCAUUUUGUAUUACAAAUGGGAAAUUGAUGCCCCAACACCCGAUUGGGCUGUCAAUUUCCCAUGCGUAAUACAAAAUGACUGAAAAACGGCAAACGUCGCAAGGCUAUAUUAUCCGCAUUUUAUAACAUUUCGCAACGAAACCUUGGAAUAUUACUAAUUUUGUGAUGCUCUUUCAAACUGUGAUGAAAUUUUUGUCUAGAUCAAAAUUUUAGUUAUAAGGGGAAAGGUCCAUUGAUAUUGUCACUAUAUAAAAGCCCUACCUUGAAAUCUUCAAGAUUCCUAAACCCUAAUAUUUUCGAAUGGUUCAUACCAAAACCGCGACAAUUUACGUACAGCUUUUAUUUUGUCAAAACAAAACACCAAAUGUGACCACAUAUGGAGUACUAGUUUGCAGGGUGCUUUGAAAUGUUCAAUGCACAGAAACUCAAGUUCACUGUUAUCAUCUGCAAAACAUGAUUUCACAAUUCCUUUCCGGCAUUAUACUUUGGAGUUAUAGGGUGUAAGUCGAUCUUAUCGUUUAAAUGCGUUGGUGUUUUGUUCAAAACUUAAUGAUAUGGUUUCCCUUUCUUAAAUUGUGUUAUAGCUCAGCAUGGAAUAUACCUCAAAAGUGGUGGUUUAGAUAAUCGCGAUAAGAUUAUCACUAUCGAAUGAUUAAUGUAAUUUUUUUCUCGCGAUCACAUCAAAUAUGAUACAGCUUAUAGGAAUCUUUAAUCUAAUACACCUAAUUAACUUACACUAUAUACUAUAGGAGAAAUAGGAAUUGGGUGUCUUUAAGAUCCGUUUGCCAAAUACGAUUUAAAUAAUUCACAAUUAUUGAAUGAGGUCAAGCAUGAUAUGAAGAAAUGUCAAGGCAAAUGUUCUACGAAGCUAUAUCUUCCAAAUCACCAUCAUUGGUAUUUUGAAAAGCUGGCCUUUUUCUCUUAACGCGAUGUUGCAUAAUCAUUUUCCUGUACUGUAGUGUAUAUGCUAUCGUGUGGUAUCCCGGCCAUAUCUAGUAAUAGCUACAUAGGGGAUAUUACACGGCGGCGCGAAGAUAAUACUUUUAUCUUCGAGUGGUGAAAACAAUAUUUUGCGAACGAGCGCAGCGAGUAAAAUAUUGUUUUUAACACGAGAAGAUAAAAAUCAUAUAUAUAUAUAUAUAUAUAUAUAUAUAUAUAUAUAUAUAUAUAUAUAUAUAUAUAUAUAUAUAUAUAUAUAUAUAUAUAUAUAUAUAUAUAUAUAUAUAUAUAUAUAUAUAUAUAUAUAUAUAUAUAUAUAUAUAUAUAAAGGUUGCCACAACAGCCUGUUUCACAUCCACGAGAAAUUACCAAACCACACUCGUAUAUGAUUCCUCUUGAAUGAAACAGUACCACAAUAGCCUGUGGCAACUUUUUGAGGUAAACGCCUUGCAAGAUGCUAAGAAACAUGUGGGUACAGUGCUAGCUGCACCGGAAAUCGCAGGGCCGGUAGUUGCAUUUUUAUCUCACGGAUGUUGCGAAACAACAUUUGUGUGUCUUUAUGGUUACUUGAGUGUGCAUGGGGCAGUUAAACAAUGAGAAAUGACUAGUCUGCUUUGCGCGCACUGUUUGCCUUCGAAUCGGGCCUUUCAGAACCGGAAAUCGGGCUGGAGCAGGCGUUCGUUCUUUGAUUUGGAAAAAAGGUGCCCGUUUGCAAAAGCUAAUUCUUUCUGUCAGUUUCAUUUGAUCUCAUCCGUGAGUCGGCCUCAACGGCCUUUGAUUCGCAACUGCUCCUGUUAGAUCUAAAUACAUUUACAUAAUAUACGCUCGAACAUUUUGCACCAUUUACAAAUCCUUGUACUUUAAUUUGCUGGGAUCUUGUCCUGGAGAGCAACUGCAUGCAACCCCUAACUCCUAGCACGCAAAGAGUCUAAUGCACCUAUAUUCCCUAAUGAACAAAAUGUUGAUCUAGACAAAAAUUUCAUCACAGCUUGAAAGGGCAUUACAAAAUUAGUAAUAUUCCGAAGUUUCGUUGCGAAAUGUUGCGAAGUUUGCCGUUUUUCAGUCAUUUUGUAUUACGCGCACGGGAAAUUGAUACCGCUUUCUGAAAAAAGGUAUCAAUUUCCCGCGCGUAAUACAAAAUGACUGAAAAACGGCAAACUUCGCAGGACUAUAUUAUCCGCAUUUUACAACAUUUCGCAACGAAACUUCGGAAUAUUACUAAUUUUGUGAUGCUCUUUCAAGCUGUGAUGAAAUGUUUGUCUGGACUUGUCUAGAUCAAAAUUUUGUUCAUUAGGGAAUAUAUAGGUCCAUUAGAAUAGCUCGUGGUUUUUGGUUUAAAAUAUGACAUAUUAUUUUAGGGGCGUUUCUCUUACCCUACGUCGUAAUGUUAAUUAUCGAAGGCAUUCCGUUACUUUACCUUGAACUUAGCGUCGGACAGCGGUUGAAGAAGGGUUCUCUUGUUGCUUGGAGCAUGAUUUCACCGUACAUGGGAGGCGUCGGCCUGGCCUCUGUGGUAAUUUGCAUAUUCACCGGCAGUUAUUACAGCAUUGUCAUAGCCUGGUGCCUAUACUAUCUCUUCAGCUCGUUCAGAAGCGCCUUGCCUUGGUCAAAAUGUCCGACCAAGGAAUUUUUUAAUUUUACUUCGAAUCGAAGUUUUGAGAUUCCCGUUCCGGAGUGCGAAAGUAGCAGUUCGAUUUCGUAUUUUUUCUACCGCGAGACUUUGAACGUAUCAGAGAGCAUCGACGAAACGACAACUUGGAAUUGGAAAAUAACUCUGUGUUAUAUCACAGCAUGGAUUGUCAUUUAUGUUUGUGUCAUCAGAGGAAUAAAAUCGUCAGGAAAGGUAAGUUACCACAUGGAUCACACAGCGAUUUUGCGAUUGGGGGGUGGGACUGGUGUUGAAGUAAUUUCCUAGGGGGUUUGGGAGCAUGCAAUUUCCUGAACCAAGCACGAAAGGGCAUAUGCGGUCCCUUUAUCACGUAAAAAAGUUGCAACAAGGUUGUUGUCAAGCCGAUAUCAGGAUGUGUUCGCACUGCUUGUUCCCAAUUGUUGUGACAAGUCUGGAACAAGUUGUUAUGUGACAAGUCUGGAACAAGUUGUUAUCACCUUGUUACGCGAAGUUGAUGUCUUGAUGACGGUAACAAACUUGCUAAUACAUGUACAGGCUGUUGGCAACAAUUUGCUACGAGCUUGUUGUCAUCAACUUGUUAACAGCUUGUUACGUGCAGUUAAGAUAUCAGACUUGUUGGAACAACUUGUUGCGUGUCUGUUGAUCUCAUCAACCUUGUUACAAGAUGAUAACAACGUUAUCAUGAUAACAACGUUAUGAUAAGACUUGUCAACAACUGCAGGGAAAAAGAAAUUUUAACACAUCUUGUUGACAAGCUGCGAGAUUUUUACGCGUGUACCAAAGGGGUUAGGGUAAAACGCUGAUACGGACGGACGGACGGACGGACGGAUGACCUAUUUUUCUCUAAAAUAUGUUUUAAACAUCAUAUCCGCGUUUUACCCGAUCGGGUAAAACGCGGAUAUGGUGCAAAAUAUACUUUUCGGCUCUUUCAAAGGCAUAUCCGCGUUUUACCCGAUCGGGUAAAACGCGGAUAUGGUGUAAAAUAUACUUUUCGGCUCAUUAAAAGGCAUAUCCGCGUUUUAACCGAUCGGGUAAAACGCGGAUAUGGUGAAAAAUAUACUUUUCGGCUCUUUAAAAUGCAUAUCCGCGUUUUGCACCAUAUCCGGGUUUUACCCGAUCGGGUAAAACGCGGAUAUGAUGUUUAAAACAUAUUUUAGAGAAAAAUAGGUCAUCCGUCCGUCCGUCCGUCCGUAUCAGCGUUUUACCCUAACCCUGUACCAAAGCCUUUACUCGUAAAUAUUUCAAUUAAUCUGUCAAGAGAAUGAAAUCAUUUAUCUGCUCUUUUUCAGGUCGUAUAUUUUACUGCAACAUUUCCCUACAUUGUGCUCACAGCAUUCUUUAUACGUGGAUUGACGUUGGAAGGUUUUGACAGAGGAGUGAAACAUCUAUUUACACCACAGGUUAGCGGCUAUUACAGAGUAGAUAUCUUUUAAGGACCUCCGAAAGGGGGGGGGGGCAGAGGCAGUUUUGAGUUUUCCCCGGGCCCCCAAAGCAACCAAGGCCCUUACAAUUUCUUGAUUCAAGAUUGCUGAGCUGAGAAUAUAAAUCCUAGCUGCGUUUCUGCCGGAUAAUAUGCAAUGAAGUGUAAUGUAUUGUAAAACACCGCUUCUCCCAUUUUACAAAGUUUUCUUCCAAAUAGGAGAAAGCGGGCUGUCAAGGCUUGUCCAAACUAAUGCGCGAGAUAUAUGGAAUUGAGAGUGUAUUUAUAACUUUAACUAAUUAACUUUUAAAUUUUAAUAUUUUACUGUAACAUAUUAACUAUAUGAUUUUAAAUCUCGAUCUCAGAAAAUCAGAUUGAUUUUCAUCUCAUUUUUGCAUGUGAUUUUAUCAUGUUGUUGGGCAGUCUGGUACACUGGUCAACCAUUCAAUUGACGAAUAUUAGCUACGAAAUCCUUCCAUUUGAAUUGUUUUCUGUGUGUGUUGUGAUUUAACGGAUGUUUGUGAUCAAACAAUUUGGACCGUGAAUGAUGCGCACGACAAUAUGACAUGUACAAGAGUCAUGGCGCCAGUGAUCUGCAAACAUGUCAGAAAAUUGCCAUUUUCUUGAGUAUCUAUGACAUAUACUUUUUUAAUGUUUGCAUUCAUGCAUUACGGCGAUUUGGCAGGAGUAACGUCACAACAGCUAGGGUCACGCAAUAUUUUUAUCCAGACAAACCAAAAUCAUUUUGCACUCAAAACUAUACUCUGUCUGCCCUUCGAAUCACUCAAAACCUUUCAAACAUCGACCAAUCAAUAUUUGGUCAGCAAUGAAUACUUUUAUAUGGUUUAUUCCUGUUGUGACGUCACCAAAACUACCGUUAAUGAGGUCAAAAAUAUAUCCAAGAUGGUGGACAUCUCAUUACUUCAAGUGAAAAUAUUUCAAGAUCUAAGCAAGAUAUGAAAAAUCGGUGAAGGAAGUCAAUAUAUAGUUUCAAACGUUCUUUCAAAUGAGAAAAUAAAAAUUUAUAUUGCCAUUUUCCUUCAUAACUACUAAAUUAAGAAUUCUCUAUUCUCGAUAGUGGGACAAACUGGCAGACCCUCUCAUCUGGAUGGAAGCAGCCUCGCAAAUCUUCUAUUCCACUGGCCUGGCGUUUGGCUGUAUCCUUGCGUUUGCGAGUUAUAAUCCUACGCAUCAGAACACGUUGAAAGACGCAAUCACGAUCUCACUUGUCAAUUCGGGGACAUCGCUGUUUGCGUCCAUUGUCGUUUUUUCUAUUUUGGGUUUUAGGUAUGUAAUAUUUCCAAUCCGACUAUCGGACUGGACUCGAUUUCAAUUCCGCGCAAUUUGAUCACGUCCGAGGCGAAGCCGAAGACUCGAUCAACAUACGAGGACUUGAAAUCUAGUCCAGUCCGAAUUGUAGGGUUUGAAAUGACAACUCAUACGAAUAAAUCACGACUUAAAGCAGGGACGCCGGAACUGGGGGCAGGAGGGGCAGCCGCCCCCGUUGCCCUAAUUCAGGAGGGUGAAAGGUGCCCUUUCAAUUUAAUGGAUUGCCUUGGCGAAAUAGCGAAUUGUCAGAAAUGUUAGUGCAAUUCUUUUACGAAUUUGCUUCAGAAAACGCAAGAAAUGCAGUCAUUGAGCUUCAAGAAUAGCACAAUCGCCUGGCGGAAAACCCCCUCACACCCCAAUCAUCCGAUAAAUAGAAAACAUGAUCAGGCGAAGUUCAACUUCCGAUGUUUUGCAAACAUCUCUUAGUAUAUAUCAAUUCAAAAGUACCCUUUCACGAAAAUCUGCCCCCCUUGCCUUCACAUCGUUCCGGCGUCCCUGACUUAAAGUGAGUUGAAUUAAUUUUGAUCCAUGAGUCCAAGGACUGAAUUAAUUUUGAUCCAGUCCUAGGAUUGGAUCAAUAUACUUCACCAGAUAUCCAGUGUUGAUGUAUUAUCAUGUGAGCAAAAUAAAGCAAUAUGGUUGGCUAAGUUUACUCGUGAAUUAUUAAUGAUUUGAGAUAUAUUAUUAGCGUUGUAUUAAAUCAAAUAAUGAUUGAAUCAUGAUUAAAUCAUGAAAAAAUCAAUGAAAGGGCGUAACAAAAGGGGUAGAGAAGACACUGAGAAUAUAUACAUUUUCAACGAUCUAGAGACUCCAAAUUUUCAAACGCUCGGCGCCAACUAUAUAGUGGUCCCCCAGCCCUAAAUUUAUGAAGCUUCCUUCGUACGAUUUCAUACAACAUGAGCGGUCAUGUUGUAUCGGAUAUACAAUAUACUUUGUAUAUCUGAUACAACAAGGACGCGAAUGUUGUAAAUGGCUUGCGAAACGUCUUGAUGAGAAUAUUCGUAUUUAUAUUAAAAUAAAUGAAUGAUAUUUGGCGAGAAAAUUGAACUUAAAGUUUAUGUAAAUCAGCAUGACUUUGUAUCAGAUAUACAAACUCCUUCACGCUCAUGAUUUCUUUUGUGUUUUCUUGAUGAAUUAUUAAUAAGUUUUACAGAUAUACGAUAUAAUUUACUGCAUCUGUUUCUUUGUACAUAUAGAGCUACAGUGAAUGUGCGACAAUGCGAAGAAGCAAAUAUAGGAAAAAAUAACACCGCAACCUGCGAUUUUGAUGAAUACUUACAAAGGGUAAAUAUUCAGACUCUCAUUUUCAUAGAUUUAAUCAAUAUUUAUAUAUUAAUGUGUAAUUGUGACAUUUACACCAACAUGCCCCCAAAAAGACCCUGGGACGAGGAUGACAUGCCCCUUGGUUUUAAUUUGUUGAGUUGGUCCCUGGAGAAUGAGUGCAAACGCUCUAUUAAGACAGUUUAUUAAUGAGCUAAGAUAGCCGUACAAAGGGAGAAAUCAAUACGUUUGAUCCCUCUUAUGCUUGCCUCGUGGUAUGGACCAGCUCUAAAACACGCCUUUCUCUAUCUACAGGCUGCCUUAGGUCCUGGUUUAGUAUUUAUCGCAUUCUCAGAUGCCAUUCGCAGUAUGCCUGCCGCACCAGUCUGGUCAGUAUUGUUCUUUCUCAUGUGUCUGACGCUGGGCAUAGACAGUUUGUUUGGAGGGUUGGAGAGUGUGGCUGCCUCGUUGGCUGACUUGAAGAGAUUAUCCAAAGUCAGGAUUGAGUAUAUAUCAGGUACGUUUAACCAGGGUCUCCCAGAGGGGGGGGGGGGAAGGGGGCAAUUUGUCCAGGGCCCCCAGUUAAAGGGGCCCCAAAAUUUGCAAAAGAAGGGCCACAAAAGGUGUAAUUGAAAAAAAAUUUAUUUGUGAGAAAAUGUUGUUUGUUAGACCUUAAGGCCAUGUUACACGGUGCAAUUUUUCUUGCAACUUGCAAUGCAAUUCUACUCUUGAGAGAUGUUAAUUAGUGAAAUCAGUGAAGAAUUUUCGAUAUGUUGAGAAAACAUCAGCGGAGUGCAAUGAAGACUCGUAUUUGACAAUUUUACAUCUCUCAAAAGUAGAAUUGCAUUGCAAGUUGCAAGAAAAAUUGCACCGUGUAACAUGGCCUUUAAUUUUACUGAUGUUGGUCCGAAAAAAUGUGUGUUUUACCCGUGUUUUUACAGGUGUUUGUCCGGAAAAAUUUUUCGAACCUUUUUCUAAUUGAAUGAAAAAAAAAAUUAACUCCCCUCUCCGUUUACUUUUACAUGAUUGCAGUAAAACGUACUUUGUCAAUUUCAUCCUAGGGGCUAUAUGCAUGACAUGUUUCUUACUGGGAUUGUCAAUGGUGCAGGAUUCUGGUAGUUAUGUCGUACAGUUAUUUGACAAAUUUUCAGCCAACAUGUCACUGCUUGUUAUUGCCAUAUGUGAAUUCGUCUCUGUCACAUGGUUUUAUGGUAUUAGAAG